UGGGUCUCCAUUCUGUGCUGUGUGUCAGCUCCGGAGGAGAGAGGGCUAGACGCGGGAGGGAGGAGGAGAAGAAGCCGAGAGUCGGAGCCCCGAACAAAAGCAGGACACCGAGCACCGUGGAAGUUCCGUGCCCCGGUGCAGAGCCCAGCCUCCGGGAGAGCUGCCGGGGUGAGAGCCUCCGCCGCCUGGAUCCUAUCCUCCGUGCUCUGCUGGACUUGUCCGGAUCUGGACGGAUUCCUGCGCCCUGGGAUUUACAGGAGGGAGCCACAACAAAGGCAGGAGGGAGCAGAACAAUAAGAGUUCCGUGUGUGCUGCAGGGUGCACCGAGGGUGCUGCAGAGCAGGGCUCGCUCCUGGAGAUGGAUGAUCAGCCCAGGCUAAUGCAUAGCCACCCCGGGGUGGGGAUGCCAGGUCACCCCAGCCUGUCCCAACACAUGCAGGAUGGCACUGGGGCUACAGAGGGGGAGGGGGGCAGGAAGCAGGACAUCGGGGAUAUACUACAGCAAAUCAUGACCAUCACUGACCAGAGUCUGGAUGAAGCACAGGCCAGAUCUUAUGACGGAUCAGAAGAGCAGAAAGCAAAACGAAAACAUGCCCUGAACUGCCACCGAAUGAAACCCGCCCUCUUCAAUGUGCUUUGUGAAAUCAAAGAAAAGACAGUACUCAGUAUUCGGGGAGCACAAGAAGAGGAGCCGGCAGAUCCUCAGUUGAUGAGAUUGGAUAACAUGCUACUGGCUGAAGGGGUAGCAGGUCCAGAAAAAGGAGGAGGUUCCGCAGCAGCUGCAGCAGCCGCCGCAGCUUCAGGUGGUGCCGGGUCUGAUAACUCGGUGGAACAUUCAGAUUACAGAGCCAAAUUAUCCCAAAUCCGACAGAUCUACCACACAGAGUUAGAGAAAUAUGAACAGGCCUGCAAUGAAUUUACAACACAUGUGAUGAAUCUGCUGCGGGAGCAGAGCCGGACCAGACCCAUCUCCCCCAAAGAGAUUGAGCGCAUGGUUGGAAUUAUCCACAGAAAGUUUAGUUCUAUCCAGAUGCAGCUCAAGCAAAGCACAUGUGAAGCAGUCAUGAUCUUGAGGUCCCGCUUUUUAGAUGCACGACGGAAGAGAAGAAAUUUCAACAAGCAAGCUACAGAAAUUUUGAACGAGUAUUUCUAUUCACACCUCAGCAACCCAUACCCCAGUGAAGAGGCCAAAGAGGAGCUAGCCAAGAAGUGUGCGAUCACCGUAUCACAGGUAUCAAACUGGUUUGGAAAUAAGCGAAUCCGCUACAAGAAGAACAUAGGUAAAUUUCAAGAGGAAGCCAAUAUAUAUGCUGCCAAAACAGCUGUGACUGCUACCAAUGUGUCAGUUCACGGAAGUCAAGCCAAUUCGCCCUCAACUCCCAGUUCUGCUGGAAGCAAACAGACGGAACGCGGGGCAGUGGCACCACAAAACAAAAUGCAGUUCCUGUCACCACAGAACCUCGGUUCUUCCAGUUCUUUUAACAUGUCAAACUCUGGAGAUUUGUUCAUGAGCGUGCAGUCUCUCAAUGGAGAUUCUUACCAAGGUGCCCAGGUUGGAGCCAACGUACAGUCACAGGUGGAUACCCUUCGCCAUGUUAUCAGUCAGACAGGCGGAUACAGUGAGACUCUGUCAGCGAAUCAGAUGUACAGUCCGCAGGGCAUCAGUGCUAACGGAGGGUGGCAGGAUGCGGCCACCCCUUCGUCUGUGACUUCCCCUACGGAAGGACCUGGCAGCGUCCAUUCUGAUACCUCCAACUGAGCAGCCGGCUCCUGAAUUUCUACUCUUGAAAGCCAGAAUCCAUCCCUUCCCUCUCACUCCAGAUGGCCACUGUGGGAAUGCAGCGAACAAAGCAACCUCUUUUGGCAUAUCCAUUAGAAACUCUCCAGUCCGUCAUUAAUACUUACAUUGACUCCUUUAUCCAUGCCUACAUUAUUACUAUUAUGUAGGUUGUAUUCUUUGCUUCUUCUUUUUAUUUUAUUUUUUACCCAGUUUUGUUUUUUUGUUUUUAAUAGUUUGGGAUGAACAUCAACUAACUGCCAAUGAAGCAUUAAUUAGAUUGAUUUAAAUAUGGCACCAUCAAGCGACCACGUUUACUUGAUCCCAAACAAUGCUUAAACGAUAAUGGAAGUACAAUAUAUUGCAUUUGGCAUCAAGCCCCCUCUGAUCACAAUUAUAGCUGAGGUCCAAAAAUCCUGAUGGUUGUUACCUCAUGCAGUAAAAUCUCCUUUUGGAACAUGGAACUAAACCAUGGAUGGUUACUGCCAUACAUGUGAUCUUUAGUUUCGCCAGUAUGCCCAUACUUGACUAAUGACAUCUUCCCUUCAAACCUCUGGUUCAUCUGUUCCUAGUUUGAGAAAAAAAAGACCAUCUUCAAAAAUGAUUAGAGUUACAGAAUCUUGAGGAAACCCAUAAUAUAUGUGGAUUACGUAUACUAACCAAAGGCUGUACAUUUUAAAGGACAAUAAACUGGAAUACAGUUUCUAUGAUGUGUUGCUACCAGAAGUAGUUCCAGCUACAUAGAUUGUUAAAAUGUUCUUCCACAUUGACCUUAGUUCUUCUCUUCAGACAACAGUUCUUCAAGCAAAGAAGCAGAUCUACUGCUAGUUCAUUUGUGGGGGGGGAAAAGUAUUCGGUACCAAAAAUAUAGAUAUAUGAGCCUUGCUAUCAAUCCAGAGCUCCUUCCAUUGCCUGUAUUUUGGAUUUGGACGUUAUUCUCUUGAAGAUGAAAGUGCUCCAUUUGACCUUUACAAAAUAAUGAAUAUCACCCUCAAUAGAUGUGAAGGCCCCUUUUCUCCAACUGCAUUGUCCUGUGAUCAUUUACUACCAAUAUCUCCACGUGGAUAUUAUUUCUCUCCAUUAAUUGACUUCUUCCAAGAUCAGUGCUCUAAAGAAAUUUCUUUUUCAAUCCAGACUGGGUCAUUUCGCAAAAACGCCUAUCCAUCCCAAUUAGUAUGGCUGCUUCAAACCUUCCUUCAUUUAAAAUAUUUGUCCCUAGGAAUUGUUUUGCCUGGUAUUGGUCACAUUUCUGGACAUCAUUUCAUUACUGAUUACCGGUACUCUUCUCUGGCAGUUAUCCACAAGCACCUGCACAGGGUGUCAUCAAUCCACGUUUGAUACCAAAAAUCCGCAUGUACUCGCACAGAGGAAAGACGGACACAGAGGGAAGUGCUCAGCUUUAUUAACAUUCACUGCAGUUUCACAUAACUUGUGUAUCGUCGAUUGUUAUAUUUGAGAUAAACAUUUGAUGCUGGAUGUUCUUGUAUAUUCUGAAGAAAACAAAAAAGACAAGAUAAAAAGACAGAAGAAAAAAAAAAGACAUCAAACAGCCAAAAAAAGUUGUCCUGGGUUUAAUAAUCUUUAUUACUAAAAAAACAGAUAAAAAUCUUUUAAAAAAAAAAAAAAGUCCUGUUACAGAGAUCACACCCGUUUAGCAUGGAAAUAGGUUGCUGAUUUCUAUUUUAUGUCUUUCAUAUUUCUUGCUUAGUUUUAACACGAAAAAAAACAAAACUACCUACAUGUGAUUUUUUUUUUAAUUUUUAUUAUUCUUUUUAACACCGCGCGUUUGUGAGUUAUAACGCAAUGCUAGAUAAAUGUAGUUGGGCACCUUUUUAGUUAUUGUUUUAAUUUUUUUUUUUCUAAGGGUAGGGGUGAGCGGGCGGGCACAGGGUUUGGGGCAAAUUGGGGAUUGUUUCAGGGGAAAGGGGAGGGACAUUUUCCAUAUAUGACCCCUUUUACGGCCAGAGUAGUCUGACAUAUAUGCUGUUAUUUGCCCCUCUGGCAGAAACGGGGUUGAAAAUGCAGACUCAAAGAUUCUGCUGGAUAAAACCCAUUUUGUAAACUAAAGUUAAAAAAUAAAAAGCAAAAAAAUAUGAAAAAAAAAAUGUUGGAAAAAAGUUGGAAUAGUUAAACCUUAAUAGGUACAUCAUAAAAUGUACAUUUAAUAACUUUUCUGAGAACCAGAAAUAAAUUCUUUUUUCCUGUU